CCCCGUCAAGAGCGUGGUGGGGUGAAAUUCCUGAGUCAUUGGCAGGUCCAGAGUGCCACGUUCUUGGCAGUCGCGUCAUUGUGUUUUUCUCUCUACAACAAGUAAGACGCAUAUUGACGCAUCCACUACAACACUUAACUGACUAAAAUUUCAACAUGUCCCAAGAUUGUCCAAUUUGUUUAGGUGACAUUGACAACAAAAGUUAUACAAAUGUGUGUAAACAUUUGUUUUGUUAUACAUGUUUAAAACAGUGGUCAAAAGAAAGUUUAUUUCUACGCCCAAAUUCUGAACCCACUUGUCCAGUAUGCAGAAAGAAUUUUAUACAUAUCUACCAUUCUUUUGAUGACUUAGAAAAUCAUAAAAGCACAUAUACCAUCAUUCCAGGAAUAAACCAUGACAUUUUACCAUCUGCAAUACCUAGAACUUUAAGUGUAAGAACCUUUAGUUCUAUGUCAAAUGGUAAUAGAGAGUUCAGUGGAAUGAACAGGUUACUUCGAAAUAAUGGCUAUCCUGGACAAAGUGGACACCAAUAAUUGAUAUGAACCAGAGGAAGAAAUCUACCGCUGUGAUUCUUUAGCUGAGAUUAAAUCAAAAUCGUCAAUUUCUUCCCACUUUAUUAAAAACAUCAAUUCUCCACUAGCAUCAGUUGCACCAAUAAUUCUCUCAGCUAUUUUUGAAGCGACUUCUUUUACACUGGAAUAAAAAUACAUUAACAUGUUAAUAAAAAUAGAUGUAUCAUUAAUUUAAAAAGGUUUCCUGCAGAUGACACCAUAAAAUAUCAAGUAAACAAUAGGCCAUUAUUUUUAACUUUGUCAGUAUAACAACUAAAUUAUUUGUUUUUUAUACACUAUACCAAUUGUACCAAUAAACAUUAUUUUA